AUGAUGAACAUAUGGAUCGGCGAUCCAGAGCCGUAUUUCCUCGGGAAGAGGAGCAAGGAUCCACCUGCGAAGAUCAUCGGCUCGAGGGCAAUGGAGCACGCCGAUCUGCCGAACGUGGAACGAUUGUUGCGCCCGGAAACCGAAACCAGUUGUCACUCGAUGGUGCAGUGGAACGAGAAAGGCGAGAUCAUUUCAGGCAUCUGCAUCUGCAAUUAUCCGAACGUGCCUUCGGUGAUUCCGGAAGAUUGGACGAAUUGGUUGUACAGGUUGUACAGGGAAGAGGAUAACGAUGACGUGGUGUCGAUCAUCCACGCCGAAACGCCUCUGUUGAAAGAGUUUUACGGUGAAUUUUACGUGAGCGAGAUGGUUCGUAACCCCGAUGGUUGUCGAAAAUUGAUCAUUUCCGAGGAAGACGACAGGGCCACCGGUGUGAUGUUCAUUAACAAGAACAUAGACGUGGACACACUGAUCGACAAUUUCCAGUUGGUACCGUACAACGGCCUUAGAAAACCCCACAAGAAAGAUCUACUCCCGGAGGAAUACAUGAGGCCCGACAGCGAGACGUUCUUCUCCUUUUUCAAGAAGAAAUCUUGGGAUAUCGAGUCGGAAGGAUCCUCCACGAUAAUUUCUCCGGAGGAAAGCGUGGAAGAGAUUGUAGAAGAGGGUACCGAUCAACUGGAAAUAAAGGCGCUCGAGGAGAUGGAUCCGUCGAUGAUAAGUUUCAUCAGUGAUCUUCCACGGAUAACUCGUCAAUUUAGCAUGUACUACGAGUCGAAAAUGGAGUCGAGCGCGUUCGUCGACUCGUUGUUCCACAUUCCACGACAGACGAUGGUUACCAGCAUAAUCGAGGACAUAGAAUUGGAGAAGAUCUAUAUUCCUGAACAGCCGACUUACUACGGCCAAGUGAACGCGUUCGUUCUCGAGAUUUUCGCGAUGAAACAGAAGAUGAAACUUCGGGAAAGUAGGAAUUUCAUCGAGGCCGCGUUCGAGAGCUUCCCGGAUUUGGAAUAUUGCGCGAUCCUUUUGCCCUCCAAUCACGUUUUCAUCCCUCUUCUCCAUCACUUCAUGCGAGUGUCUCCGAAGUGCAACAAAGAUUAUCCAAUGAGUUUGUAUUUAACGCAUCGUGCCGCUCUCCUGGGUCGGAUAUCGGUCCGCGUUGGCAAGUCUUUGGACAAGCUGAUAUUGAAGAGAUUUUUAAAAAGAAUUCGAAAAUCGGAGUACGUUCUGCACGAUUUCGAUAGAGCGACGAUUAAAAAACAAUCGGACGUGUAUUCUUACAUCUUCAAGUGGAACGACACGAUUAUCGGUGUUAUAAUUAUUUGCGUCGAGAACGAGACCACGUACCUCAAGCGACGUUACCACAUCGAGGAUUACAUAGCGAUACAAAAUAUUCCACCCAACGCUUACGCCCGUAUCCUCCACUUCAUCCUAAUGCCGAUCUUCUCCAUUCACACGCCGUACAUUAUCAGCGAGAUUUCACGGCUCAGCGGCUUUUUCGUCUUUUACUAUCGACUCGAGGAGAGCUCGUUGAGCACGCUGACACGCAAGCAUCCCCUUGCGAUAUGUUUGACCAUGAUGAUCCCCGUGUAUCCUCGGCGAAGAAUAAAAUAUCGGUACCGUAAUUUAAUCGAAACGGACAGGAAACCUAAAAAAGAAACCGAAUCUUUCUCCCUUUUCUUGACGACGCCAAGAUUGUCCAUGAUGCUCAGUAAUACCGUUGAUUCGAAGAUAGUCGUCGUGGGUGCCUCGGAUUGCGGUGUCGCGUUUGUGGAAGAACUUGCUCUCGGGUAA